UUAAGUCAGGAGUUCUUCUUUCUCGCUUCAUUAUAAUCAGGGGUCUUAACAGCGACCCCGAUACUGUUACAAAGCACACUGCUUUAUAACAGUAAAGCUUCUGGAAAACCCAAACAAAAGACACGUCACCCGGUGACGUCAGCCUAUAUACAGUUCUGUGUGGUCGCAGCACAUAAGCAAAUCCAUUCUUGUGCCGUUUCUCGGAAAAGCUUUUCAGUAAAUGCACUCAUGCUGCUCCAGGAGCUCUUCUCUGCAACAAGCCGCCCAUCUGCCAUCAACAAGUUAAGACCGAGAGAACUAACGGCUGCAGAAAGGAGAGGCUGAAGCUUUGAUUAACCAGCUGAGCAGUUAGAGGAGGACGAAAUUAAUAACAUAUUCAAAACUGAUUUAGGGGAUCAGAGUGGUCACAGAAAAUGAAACCAAUGCUUUCGAGAGGAAUAUCCUAAGGAAAAAACAACUCACCCUGGUGGAUUCAAUUUUACUCGGAAAGCCUGGGACACAGAAAACAGGAAACUGGUCAAAGGCUCCCGCAUGUUAGAGCCUUUUACAGACUCACUGCGUUGAGUCUGACAACCGAGACUGAAUGCAGGCUCCAAUGUGCUCAGAAGAAUGGAGCUCUUCUAUGGCCUCCGGAAGCUACAGACCUUGCAUUUACGGUCCAACUCCCUGCGGACUAUCCCAGUACGCCUGUUCUGGGACUGUCGUAGUCUGGAGUUUCUGGAUUUGAGCACAAACCGUUUGCGAAGUUUGGCUCGCAAUGGAUUUGCAGGAUUAAUCAAACUGAGAGAGCUUCACCUAGAGCACAACCAGCUGACGAAGAUUAAUUUUGCUCAUUUCCUACGGCUUAGCAGUCUGCACACACUCUUCUUACAAUGGAACAAAAUUAGCAACUUGACAUGUGGGAUGGAGUGGACCUGGGGCACUUUAGAAAAGCUAGACCUGACUGGAAAUGAAAUAAAAGCCAUCGACCUGACAGUGUUUGAAACGAUGCCUAAUCUUAAAAUACUCCUCAUGGAUAACAACAAGUUAAACAGCCUUGAUUCCAAGAUCUUAAACUCCCUGAGAUCCCUCACAACCGUUGGCCUCUCUGGCAAUCUGUGGGAAUGCAGCCCUCGAAUAUGUGCUUUGGCUUCCUGGCUGGGCAGUUUCCAAGGUCGGUGGGAGCAUUCCAUCCUAUGCCACAGCCCCGACCACACCCAAGGAGAGGAUAUACUAGAUGCAGUCCACGGAUUUCAGCUCUGCUGGAAUUUAUCAACCACUGUCACCGCCAUGGCUACAACUUAUAAAGAUCCAACCACUGAAUAUACAAAAAGAAUAAGCUCAUCAAGUUACCAUGUGGGAGACAAAGAAAUCCCAACUACUGCGGGCAUAGCAGUUACUACUGAGGAACACUUUCCCGAACCAGACAAUGCCAUCUUCACUCAGCGGGUAAUUACGGGAACAAUGGCUUUAUUGUUUUCUUUCUUUUUUAUUAUUUUUAUAGUGUUCAUCUCCAGGAAGUGCUGCCCUCCCACUUUAAGAAGAAUUAGGCAGUGCUCAAUGAUUCAGAACCACAGGCAGCUCCGAUCCCAAACACGACUCCAUAUGUCAAACAUGUCAGACCAAGGACCAUAUAAUGAAUAUGAACCCACCCAUGAAGGACCCUUCAUCAUCAUUAAUGGUUAUGGACAGUGCAAGUGUCAGCAGCUGCCAUACAAAGAAUGUGAAGUAUAAUAUCUACCCAUCAUCAAAAAUCACAUCAGAUAAGUAACCUAUUUUACAUAGCAGGGGCUAAAUACAUAUCUAAUUUUUACCAAUGGUUACAUUAAGGCUCAUUUUUCCAAACCAAGUGGAGACUUAGGUUUCUGACGUGUUGAAAUAUUUUUAAUUUUUUUUAAUGAAACCAUAUUUUCAGUGUUAAAUGAAGCGAUGCUCACAUUAAUUUGCACUCUUGUUGGAAAGUCUAAAAAUGCUUAAUUCAAAAUAAGACAUUUCAUGUAUGUAAUUAUACGCUAUUGUGGGUAAACAUUUACACUAAGGUCUCCAUAUGCUAUUUUUUUCUACUGAAAACAGUUUGGAAAGAAGCUACUGAGUAGAAAGAGAUAUGGAUCAAUACUUGUUUGAUCAUUGCUCUCUACCCCAAGUACCACAACUUGGCUUGCUGCUUAAAAGGAGACUUAGCAAAGUUCUCUUGUAUGAUAAUUUGGUAUUUACUCAAACCUACUAUUUACUGCCAGCGUGGGGAGUAGAAUUUCACAUAUGCUGAAGACUGGUCAAUAUUAAACACUCUUCUUCCAGAGUUUUUACCUGGGUUAAUAGAUAUUAUCAAAGUCCAUAUCAUGAAAUCAGAACCCUUUAUGUAAUUCUAAUAUUCUUUAAUAUAUUUAAACAAUGAAUCCAAGUGAUUGUGAAAAGGUCUCAUUACAAUGAAAUCAAUACUAAAUAAUUACACUGACUUCGUUUCGUAUCUCUAGUUUGACUUAUAAUGGACACGUUGAUUUUUGUGGCAUUUAGAUACUUACUUUAAACUAGUGUUAAAUUAUCACUUUACUAAUUAGUUUACUAAAUCCUAUAUAUACAUUUAUAUGUGAAAAAAGAUUUAGAAAUUAUUUUGGAGAGAAAAGAGAUAAACUGAGUCAAUUUAGCAAUCCUAUGACCAGCUGCUCACUCUAGUUUGAAAGCACACACAAAUACACUCUCUCUCCAGUCUCUCUCUUUCUCCCCCUGUCCUCCACCCCCCACCGCCAUCUCUCCCUCAACUGCCAAGAUCAAAGAUGCCUUGACAAAGGGGUUUAAACCUCUUUCUUCUGCCUUUUCCUGAUCUUCAAGCCUCAAAGAGCCAAAUUAAAAAUAACUGGCUAGCAACAGGCAUAAUACUGAUUCUUGUUAGAAUAUAUUUUAAAGGAACCUUGAAAAAAUCACUUUAUAAAUAUUAUAUGCUAAAUUUUGACCUUUUAAUGGAUACCUAUUCUUACUGUAAGAGCAGGUCCUUCUAAGUGAAGGGAACAACACAUAUCUGAGGCAAACCUUCUCAUGGCAGAACACAAUAUAUGCUAUGCAGCCACACAGUGGUAACUCGAAGGAGGUGAGGGGAUGAAAGAGAAAGGCAGCAUUUUGAAAUAUGACUCUUGCUGAAACAGGUUAGCAAAGUUAAAAGGUAGCCAAGCAAAUGGGCAACUAUGCAUGAUCUGCAUCAAACAGGGCAAGGCCCAGGGACCUGCAGCUGGAAAGGGGACGGGGGGAGGUUCUCUGGUAUUAAUAUAAAUGUUCAGUAAUUAAAGAAUGAUAAUGAUGCCACACUUUUCGUGUAGAAAAGAGCCACAACUUUGUUUCUUCCAUUAUGAUUUCUAUGGAGAAACUAUGACAUAUUUAGGAUUUAGAUGCAAGUUACCAAUUGACACAGAAUUUUUCCAUAAAUGAGGUUCCAUGUAUGUAGUAGCAAAAACCAUGAAAUUAGAUUACUGACUUGAUUUUAGAAGAAUGAGCAUUUUUACAACUGACAUUUGCUGAUGAGAAAAAAGGCAUAAAUUCUUAGAGAAAACCACUACCAUAAAAAAAAAGUUAUCUUUUACUUAACAUGACAUCCUUCAUUCAAGGCAUAUUUCUUCCCAGGACUGAAUUGAAACAUGUUAAGAUUACAGUUUAAUCCAUGAGAUUUAAUACUAAGAGAGGGAUGUCUACCUACAUUUCAAAUAAAAUGUGUCUCAGUAAAAAGCAGACAAGAUCACAAAUUAUGGUAAGAAUGUGCUCUCUACAAUUUUUAAGGUGGGUAGAUUAGUUUGGCAAAGUCUCAGCCCAUCUCAGCUGAUCCUGAGCAGUGAGCAUUUCACCUCUUGUUAAACCAGACACUAGGCCUGCCUGGGCAAGGACAGAAGCUGAUUUUACAGCAUAGAGCACGUCUCACAGCUUCCUUACAGAAGGGCUGGAUCAGAAGCACCAUUACAAAUGAGAGCUCCACAAGCUAAAAUUUACCAACCCAUUUAUCAGGGUAACCAUGGCCAUUUGUCAGAGAACAACUUUAUCACAAUACAACUGUGUCCUGGACACACAAGAUUCCACUAGUCCUGGAGGAUAGCAGAGUAGUUUCCAUCAUUUCAACCACAACCCAAAAUUAAUUGAAACUGUGAGCAGAAGGGUGAGAAAUAGUGGCUGGGAGUCCCCACAUUAACCCUAGAGAUUACAGUUAGUGAAAUGGACCGUCAAUUGGCCAAAUCCUUAAUGUAUGUAGGAAAGAAAAUUGGAAAAGCAAGCCAUUUAGUAAUUCAGGGGAACAGCAUAGCCAAGGCCACCAAGGCAUACUUUUCAGUUGAAAAUUAACAGAUUUUUUUUUGGCCCUUCGUUUUUUGGGCAAUGCUCUCUGAGAAAAGUGAAUAACAGUGCCAAAUAGCAUUUUCCAUUUCCAUUUAAAGCACAAAUUUCCCUUUUCAAUUGCCUAUAGAAGGCAGAAUUUCUUUUAAUUUUGGUCUAUUUGUGUUUUGGUAUCAGCACAGGUUUGAAGAUGAGGCUGUUAGUCAUAUGUGCUCUCUUUACCAACUGGCUCGGGUGGAAGAGCAUCACAACUACACUGCAGAUCCUGGUAAUAUAAUGUUAGGCCUUUUGUUUUUUGCUGUCGUUUUAUCCUCUUCAAUGCCCCCUCUCCCUUUUUUCACUUUCAAGAUUAGAGGAAAAUGACCACUUAAAAAACAGAAAAAUAAUUAAAUCUCUCUGGAAAAAGCAAGCUAACAAAGGCUAUGAUACUGUACCCACCUAGUAACCAAGAGCUAGUUUGGAAUCAUUUAUAUUCAUUUCUGUAGCUUGCCAGGGAUUUCAAUCACCUUUCUGAAAUGAGAGUGAACUGAUAAAUUUGCAAAUCCAUACACAACUCAGAGAAUACCCUCUGCCAACAUCAAAUAGCAAAGAUACUAAUUUUUUAAGCCAAAAAUCUGCACUAACACAUGUAAUUUCUUACUGUGCCUAAGUUAAUUUCUGUACCAAUUCAUUGAAUGGAAUUGAUUUUACUUUCCCACUCCACUAAUUAUUAAAAUCCAUCUGCUUAUUCUAAUGCUAGUCACCAAGAGCUAGACUCUUUCCAAUAAAAAUGAACCCUAUGUAACACUAGGUCUUAAUCCUAAAAUUCAAAACAGGCGUAUCAUUUUCUUAAGGCAUACUUCCUACGCAACUAUGAGGGGGGAGCUAUAAAUGUCCCGUUCUCUCCAAAGUGUGGCUAUCAGUAUGAAAUUUUGAAAUAUUAUUUUUAGAAGAUGACUUACAUGGUCAUUUUCCUAAUAAAGCAAUACAAUGACAGACUCGUCUCAAAAAUCUGUUUUGGGACAUGCUUUUCAAUAUCUUAUUGGUUAAAUUGCUUCAACCAGAAAAAGAAGACAAAAGUGAUAAGGCCAUCCACAGAUAAUUAAAUAUUUCUGUUCCUAACCUAGGGCAAACUCGUAGUACUUAAAUAAUUUAAGGCAAAAAACGAGUAGUAAAUGACUGUUUAAGCUUUCAUACUGCUAUUGCAGACAUUUGGAAAUGUCUGCUACUCCUUCAAUUAACCUAUUCUUCCUUGGCAAUUUUUUAAAAGCCUGAUCUAUGGAAUGUUUGAUGAACAUUCCUAUCAAUACUGAAACCGGAAACUGAAAGUACAGUCCAAACCUAUUGUGUUCAA